CGCCGAGCGAAGCGCUGCACCUGAUCGCGCUUCGCCGAGAAGGAGAAAGAAAGAGGGAGAGAGAGCGAGACAGAGAAAGCGAGACACCGGCUGGGUUGGGCUGGGCUGGGCUGAGCUGCGGAGAGACAAAAGAAGAGCCAGGCAGCCCCCUCGAGGUUCCCGCGGCUGCCAUCACUCCGAUUGCUCGCCGCACCCCUCGUUGGCGGACACUUGCUGCUGCUGGGGAAGGAGCGGGGAGGCUGUAACUGAAGGCAAACCCCCUCCCCCCAAAAAGCCCCUCAAACCACCCCCUUCACUCCAUGGCCGAGCAGCCCUGAGGCGUGCGGCGGCGGCGCCUGGAGCUGGAGCCCCAAAGAGAAGCGCGCGAGCCCCCGCAGCCGCCCCCGCGGGCGCUUUCUCUGGAUCUUCCGCGGGAUUCUCGCCUCGGCGGCCGGGCGGCGCACGAUGCGCCCUGCUGCACUCUUCUGAUCGCCAGCCCCACCGCGAUGAUUUCUCCGGAUCAGCAGCAGCAGCAGCAGCAGCCCAACCAUGUCGUGGCGACCAUUGAAAAUCUGCCUCCCGAGGGCAUCGGCGGCGGUGGCGGCGGCCGGAGCUGCAUCUCCGCCCCGCCUUCCUCCAGUGUGCGCCAGAAGAUCCGUAAAGUGUUUAACAGGGAGCUCCUGUUAUCUGUUGCUUUGGGGCAAGUCUUAUCCCUGCUGAUCUGUGGUAUUAGCCUAACCAGCAAGUAUUUGUCAGAUGACUUUCAUGCCAACACACCUGUCUUUCAGAGCUUUCUGAACUACAUUCUCCUAUUUUUGGUCUACACCACAACAUUAGCUGUUAGACAAGGUGAAGAAAAUUUAUUGGCAAUCUUAAAACGAAGAUGGUGGAAGUACAUGAUCCUUGGAAUAAUAGAUAUAGAAGCAAAUUACCUGGUAGUUAAAGCUUAUCAAUAUACCACUUUUACUAGUGUACAGCUCCUAGAUUGUUUUGUGAUUCCAGUGGUGAUCUUACUUUCUUGGUUCUUCCUCCUGGUGCGAUACAAAGCAGUGCACUUCAUCGGGAUUGUGGUGUGCAUUCUGGGCAUGGGCUGCAUGGCAGGAGCAGAUGUUCUUGUUGGAAGACAGCAAGGAGCAGGAGAAAAUAAACUUAUAGGUGAUCUUCUAGUACUAGGUGGGGCCACUCUCUAUGGCAUUUCCAAUGUCUGUGAGGAGUACAUCGUACGGAAUCUGAGUAGAGUGGAGUUCCUAGGGAUGAUUGGACUCUUUGGUUCCUUCUUCAGUGGAAUUCAGCUUGCCAUAAUGGAACACAAAGAAUUGUUAAAAGUGCCCUGGGACUGGCAAAUAGGAUUACUGUAUGUUGGCUUUAGUGCCUGCAUGUUUGGCCUCUAUAGCUUCAUGCCUGUGGUGAUUAAGAAAACGAGCGCUACAGCAGUCAACCUCUCCCUCCUUACAGCAGAUUUAUACAGCCUUUUCUGCGGAUUCUUUCUCUUCUACUACAAGUUUUCAGGACUUUAUCUGCUGUCAUUCUUCACAAUCCUUGUUGGCCUUUUGCUGUACUCCUCUACAUCCACAUACAUAGCCCAAGAUCCACGGGUGUACAAGCAGUUCCGAAAUCCUUCAGGACCUGUUGUAGACUUGCCAGCCACUGGACAGCUAGAACCUUCAGUAACAUACACCAGCCUCGGCCAAGAAACGGAAGAAGAAUCUCAUGUCCGUGUUGCCUAA